AUGUCUUCAGAUUCUUCAUCUGACUAUUCUUCAGAUGAAUCAUCUGAUGACAUUGACUUUACAAACUAUCAUCGUUAUUCUCCUUUUCCUUCACCACAUCCUCCUUCAACAUCAUCAACACCAGCAGCAACAGCAAUAACAACGCCAACAACAUCAUCAACACCAGCAGCAACAACAACAACAACAACAACAACCACAACAACAUAUGCACAUCCUACCAACCAACACUAUCCAUCAUCCAAUAGUAGUACUAUUGGUAAUACUACACCUCCUUUGCAAUCAACCAUACCUCAACCAACAGUAACAACAGCAAUUACCUCCAAAAACCAUGUUAAUAAAUCUAAAGCAAAUGUUGCACAGUCGACUGCCGCUGCCGUUGCUGUUGCUGCUGGUGGUUCUGGGUUAACAAGGAGCUAUUCAGUUGGGGAACACAUGUAUAGUCCCAUUCCACAAGAAACUAUCUAUGGUCAACUCAAAGACCAUGAAAAAACAAACCACCACGGCAUCGUUAGAAGAUGUUGUCACGUAACAAUAUCGAGGGUGGAGUUUAUUGCAGAGGAUCGUGACAAGAUUCCGACACAUAUUAGAAUAGCAGUUGGCUUGGACCAUCUUAGACGAUAUCUUAUUACCAAUCCAAUUGAACUUUACUCAUCUCUUGAGGAAGUUAUCCAUCCCCAGCAGCAGCAGCAGCAGCAGCAGCAGCAGCAGCAGCAGCAGCAGCAGCAGCAGCAGCAGCAGCAGCAGCAGCAGCAUCAGCCUAGUAGUGUAUCAAUGAAUAGCACAACAAAAACGACUGCCACCCUCGACAAUGACUUUGGCGAACUGUUAUCUCACUCCCCACCGUCAUCAUGCAUCGAUUCUACAAAUCUAUCUGUAAAUUUUACUAACCAAGCCUCGAUUACAACAACUACACCAUCUACUUUGAGUGGUGGUAGAUUAUCACCAAGUUCUCCAGAACAACCUAACCAUCCUAGUAUUAAUAAUAAUAAUAAUAAUAAUAAUAAUAAUAAUAAUAAUAAUAAUAAUAUUUCAACAACAAAGAAGAUUUAUUGUUAUCCAAUGAAUAUCAAAAUUAGUUUCCACUAUGAACACAGUCUCAAGGAUUACAACCAAGCUGUCAAAAUAACACUAUAUCGAAAUAUUAUUCCCAUUCCUUUACUCUCACUACCACCUCCAUCAAUCAUGCAAACCAAUAAUUUACCAUCAAUUAGCUCUCCUACUGUUGGUUCAAAUCUACCCUCCUCUUUUGCUCAAAAUCCCUCUACCCAAGCUCCUUCAAACCCAAACACCACAUCAAAUAAUAAUAUUCCAUCCAAACAUAAUAGAAUUGUUCGCCACCGGGAAUACUUUUCUCCUUUUGCCUCUUGCCAAAAUAAUUUGUCCCAGAUUCUUCAACAAGGUGAUUUUAGUGGAGAUAUUGACAUGUCAAUUGUAAAUAACUCUAAAAAAAAAUCAAACAGUAGUACGACUCAUUCCUCUAUUGCGUCAUCAUCGGCUUUAUCGGCACAAUUGACUCCAAAUGGCAACAAUGAUAUGUUGGUAUCAGCUGCACCUUUGAUGAUAUCAUCAAACGUUAUGUCCUCUGGAAUUUCGAUCAAUGUUAAUAUUUGUACAGUGCCAAAAGAAAUACAAAAAAUUGGCGAGGCUCAAGAAUACCAAUUGAAUGAUAUUGCUCUAUCUGAUGAGGAAAAUUUAUUUUUUGACUCUGACUCCUACGAUGAAGAUGAUGAUGACGAAGAAAUAUUUGAAUCUACACCAGUAGUAAUGCCAAUAAUGAAAAAGGAAGGAACAAUUAACUUGUCAACUUAUACGGGAACAACACCUACCAACAACAAUAAGUUGUCUCAAAGAUUGAUAGAGGAAAAGAAAAAGAGAGAAGACAAAGAGAAAAGGUCGGUUUCAAAGCUACAAAAACUAUCGUCCCUUAUAAAGCCUACUUCAACACCAAAGCAACAACCACAAGAAGAUGAUUCAUCCUCUUUUCAUACACACAACAUAGUUGUUGGACUAAAGUCCGACCAAACCAGCAAAGACUGA